GGUAGAACGACUUUCCAUUUCGAAGUAAGCAAGUUUAGGGACUGGAACCGGUUUUUUAGCAAUGCAAGCUGCUCUUGUCGUAUAACAGCAUACAUUACCAGCCGUGUAUUUCCCUGGCCGUGCAGUUACAUUCUGACUCUUGGUGUAUAAGGUGCAACAGCAAAAACCGGAAACUAUCAACAUGAAGCUGUACGCCGUGUCCGACGGUCCACCAUCUUUAGCGGUCCGUAUGUGCCUUCAGGUUCUGAACAUUCCCUACGAGCACAUCAGUGUUGAUUAUGGAAAAGCCGAACAUUUGACGGACGCCUACGAAAAGAUGAAUCCACAGCGGGAAAUUCCGGUGCUGGACGACGAGGGAUUCUUCCUGAGCGAAAGUAACGCUAUUUUGCAAUACUUGUGCGACAAGUAUGCACCGGCCAGCGAGCUGUACCCACGGGACGCCAAGGAACGGGCGGUAGUGAACCAUCGGCUGUGCUUCAAUUUGGCGUUCCUGUACCCUCAGAUAUCUGCCCACGUAAUGGCACCUAUUUUCUUCGACUACCAGCGUACCGAGAUGAGCCUAAAGAAGUUGAACAUGGCCCUUGCCGCGUUUCAAACGUACCUUCAGCGGGCCGGUACCAAGUACGCUGCCGGCAAUGGGCUAACGAUUGCUGACUUUCCACUGAUCACCUCGAUCAUGUGCCUCGAAGCGAUUGCUUUCGAUGUCCGUGUCAGCUACCCAACAGUCCACGAAUGGUACACCGGGUUUAAGCAAGCGCAUCCCGAGCUGUGAGCGAUCGCCUCAAAGGGCAUGGAGGAAAUAGCGGAGUUUGAGAAGAAUCCGCCCGAUCUGACGGGCAUGGUGCAUCCAAUCCAUCCAAUCAAGCAGGUUGCUAAAAAGUGACACCCGGCACACGCCUUCGUUCGGAAAUAAACUGCGAAACAGAAA